AUGUCGACAUCGCACACCUCCCACACCGAGCAGACUGCCGCGGCGGGUCCGGCGCCAAGACCGGACGCCGACGCUAUCCUCGGCGUCACAUCUUACAGCCGGGCAGACUUUGAGCUGCCCGUCGUCACUGUGCACCCGAGCCAGCACGAUGCCGUCCGAUCUACCGUAUUCCAGCCCCUGGGCGACAAGUCCCGCCACUCCGACUUCGACUACGACCUAGGACGCCUCGGACGCCUCCCCUUUGAGAUUGUUUCGCUCAUCUGCCUCGAACUUGACGUCACCUCGGCCGUCCGCUUCAGCCAUGUCAACCGCACCGCCCGCGAGGUGCUCACCUCGAUCCGGGAAUUCCGCCACCUCAGCGCCCACGCCCUGGAGGGCCUCUGCGUGCUCCUCCGGACAGGCCUCGCAUCCCACGUGAACGCGCUGGACGUGUACUCGACGCUCACCACCCAGGAUUGCUCCCUGUGCGGCUCCUUUGGCGGCUUCAUGUUCCUGCCCACCGCGGCGCGCUGCUGCCUCACCUGCCUCGCGUCGGCGCCGGCCAUGCAGGUCAGCUACGUGAGCCGCGUGGCCGACGCGACGGGCGUGGACUCGGGCGCGCUGCAGCGGCGGCUGCCCGUCCUGCACACGCUCCCGGACAGCCGCCGGAGCAUCGUGGCCGUGCAGCACGCGCUCGGCGCGCUGCGGGAGAGCGGGGCGGGCGAGGCCGAGGCCGAGGCCGCCGCCAGCCGGUGGCCCGACUCGCUGACCCUGCGGUUCCAAGCGGCAACCAGCCUGCCCUACCUGGACCGGCUGACGGGCGAGGUCCAGUCCGGCGUCUCGUGCAAGGGCUGCCAGCUCGCCUUUGAGGGCGACUUUUUGGACGACCACCUGGAGCUCCGGGACAGGUUCUACUCUAGGCAGGGGUUCAUGGGCCACUUUGAGGAGUGCGCGCCGGCUCAGAAGCUGUGGGGCUCGAGCCAGGAGGGGCGCAGCGAACUCUCCUCAUGGCCCGCAUGGCCCUCCGACGGCGACGGCAACAAUGACGGUGACGGCGACGGCAGCCCCGGCAGCCCCGGCAGCGAACUCCAAAACUGGUCCAGCUUGAUCGGCAUCAUCACCGCCAUCUGCGGCAACGUGCUGAUCGCCCUGGCCCUCAACGUCCAGCGCUACGCACACACCCGCCUGCACCGCAAGAAGGCCCAGAUACGGGAGCGCGCGCGGCAGGCCAUGCGCAACGCGGACCGCGGGACACACGGCCAGGGGACGGGGCGGUACGGCGCUGCGAACGGCGACUCCAACGGCGGCGGCGGCGGCUCGAACGGGUACGGCGGCGGUCGUUAUAGUGAUGACGACGUGCGCGAAUCGUCCGAGACGGAGCCCCUCGCGCAGUCCUUCCGGUCGGAUGGCUCGGCCGAUGGCGACGAUGACCACGACGACGGCAAGCCCAAGGUCGCCUCGACGUACCUCAAGGACCCUUACUGGUGGCUGGGACAGGUCUUGAUCACCAUCGGCGAGAUGGGCAACUUUCUGGCGUACGGCUUCGCUCCGGCGUCCAUCGUGAGCCCGCUCGGCGUGGUGGCCCUGGUCUCCAACUGCGUGAUCGCACCCAUCUUCUUUAAGGAGGUGUUCCGCCAGCGGGACUUCUGGGGGGUCAUCGUCGCCAUCACGGGCGCCGUGACGGUUGUGCUGAGCGCCGAGACCGAGGAGACCAAGCUGGGGCCGCACGAGGUGUGGGAUGCCAUCACCACCAUGGAGUUCGAGAUUUACCUGGGCGUCAGCUGUGGCCUGAUUGUGCUGCUCAUGUGGCUGAGCCCGAAGUAUGGGCACAGGACGAUCCUGGUGGACCUCGGGCUCGUGGGGCUAUUCGGUGGCUACACGGUUCUGGCAACCAAGGGUGUGUCCUCGAUGCUGUCCUCGACUCUGUUUGGCGCCUUCACCACCCCUGUUACCUACGUCCUGCUCUUCAUCCUGCUGUCCACCGCCAUCAUGCAAGUUCGCUACUUAAACAAGGCGCUCCAGCGGUUUGACUCCACUCAGGUCAUCCCGAUCCAGUUCGUGCUCUUUACGCUAUCCGUGAUUAUCGGCAGUGCCGUCUUGUACCGCGAUUUUGAGCGCACCACCGGCGAGCAGGCCAUCAAAUUCAUCGGCGGCUGCCUCUUCACCUUCUUCGGCGUCUUCCUGAUCACCAGCGGCCGGUCGCGGCGGGAUGACGACGACGAGCCCACGCUCUCGGACGCCGAGGGCAUCGAGGAGACCAUCGGGCUCGCAGAGCAGGACCGCGUGCCCCCGCCCACACCACCCCAACCCCGCCGUCGCGACCCCCCAUCGCGAUCCGGGGGCUCCUCCCGCGCCUCGCGCGUCAGUUUCUCCGACACGCACGACACGGGCCUCCCCACCCCGCGCUCGUUCCCGAGCAUCCACCCACGCCAGAGCCAUCCUCUCGACGACGACUACAACAACGACGACGACCUCCCCGACGCCCCCCUGCUCUCCAACCCCUGGCAAGACACCAGCAUCACAACCGACUACUUCACCGCCACCCCAGCAGCAGCAGCAGCACUCACCUCCUACUCCGAGCCCCAGCUCCUCGAACCCGCCCACAUCACAGCAGCAGCAGCAGCAGCACUCUCGUCCUCCGCAACAACAAGAACCACCCCCGCCACCCCGCUCGGCAGCACGGCCAGCGCCGCCACAUCCCCACCCCACUUCUUCGACCGAGAUCAUAGAGACCGGGAAAGAGACCGUGAUCAGCGGCCCAUGACCCCGCGCGCCCCCGCCAGCACCUCCCGCCUGCCGCCGUCCCACAUGUACUCGCCCUCGCCCUUCUCCGGCACCGUCAGCGCGGUGGUGGGCGAUAAAUUGCGCAUGGCCAUGCGCGGGCAUUUACACGGGCAUGGGCAGGGUCAUGGUGGCCAUCAUCAUCAUCAGGGGUAUGGGCAGGGGUUUGAUGGGGCGGAUGAGCACGGUAACGGCCAUGGGCAUGGUAAUGGGGGUGUUGGUGCGGCGGAGGGUGGUGGUGUGGACGGGGAGAGAGGUGGUGGUAGUAGUACGGAGGGCGGGUUGAGGGGCCGCGCGCGGAGUCUGAGCCAGACGCUUGGACUGGCGGGACUGUUUGGUGGGAGUGGAAGUGGCAGCGGGAGUGCGAGUGGGAGUGGGAGUGGGGGUGGGAGUGGGGGUGGGAGUGGGGGUGGGAGUACGGUUGUCAGGCGGGCGACGGUCACAAGGAGAGAGACCACCGAUGGGGCCGUGUUUGGGGGGCUGUUGGAGAGGGCGAGGACGACGGGGGAUGGGGCGUUGGGUGGGGGUGGGGAGAGGUUGUGA